ACGUGCAACGUGCAAGCGAGCCAGCCUCGUGCACCCCAUUUGUAAUACUGUCGUGGUGCGUCCAAAUCAGUCUCCCCCAUUUCGAGAGGACCACUAAUCGAUCAACAGUUUCAUCCCCACAUUAUAUAUUACAUACAUAUAGAUACAAACAUACAUAAGAGCAGAUCGCGGAUCGGAAUCAUUGCGUAUAAAUAACGGUUCCGUCGAUCUCGAUGCCUGAAAGACGGAUUCAUCUGCAACUUGUUUCAGGGAACGCUUUUGCGGAACUGAGAAAUGAAAAUUAGGUUUUGUUCCCCUUUCGAUAUGAGGGAAUGUGGAAGAGUUGUCCGAUCAAUUAUCUGAAUUUCGAUGAAUCAGUUCUAGAAGACAGAUUAUUCUACUUCGAGGAGGAAUUCGCAAGUGAAAAUGGCGAUGUCGCCUGUCAGGUUCCUGUUUGGCUUGUUGAUCUUUUCAGUAAUCGCAUGGGUCAUCUUCAUAUUUGCUGCGAGGCUGUUGGCUUGGAUUCUAAGCCGAUUAAUGGGAGCAUCUGUGGGGUUUCGUGUUGCUGGAUGGAAUUGUUUGAGGGAUGUGGUUGUGAAGUUCAAAAAGGGUGCGGUUGAAUCUGUCUCUGUGGGUGAAAUCAAACUCAGCAUGCGCCAGUCUCUGGUCAAGCUUGGGGUUGGCUUUAUUUCUAGGGACCCGAAGCUGCAGUUGUUAAUAUGUGACUUAGAAAUUGUUUUGAGGUCUUCAAGUGGAGGUUUGAAGAAGGCUAGAAGUCGGACUCGGAAGCCCAGUUCUGCAGGCAGAGGAAGGUGGAUGAUUGUGGCUAACAUGGCUAGAUUUUUGUCAGUUUCAGUUACAGAAUUAUUGGUGAAGACACCUGGAGCUUCUAUUGAAGUUAAAGAUUUAAGAGUUGACUUAUCUAAAGAUGGCGGGUCCAAGCCAACUUUGUUUGUCAAGCUGCAUUUUCUUCCUUUGCUUGUUCACAUGGGUGAACCACGGCUAAGUUAUGACCAAUCAUCCAAUUCUAAUCAAGAAGGAUAUAUUUCUGCUGCCCAAGCAUCUUACACUAUGAUAGAGAGGGCCUCUGCACCUUUUGUCUGUGAGGAAUUAUCACUCUCUUGUGAAUUUGGGCACGAUAGGGAAAUAGGUGUUGUUAUCAAGAAUGUGGAUAUUGCAAGUGGAGAAGUCGUCAUAAACCUAAAUGAGGAAUUCUUUCUCAAAAAGAAGACUUCAGAAACCUUUCCUCAGGAUGAUGUAGUUGGAGAGAAAACUUUGGACUCUGGCAUAGCUAAAAAGUUGCAAAAGAAGCAAAAUGCACUUAUGUCUCUUAAGAAAUACACUUCUGUGUUUCCAGAAAAGGUUAGCUUCAGUUUGCCAAAACUGGAUGUGAAGUUUGUGCACCGGGGACAAGAUCUUUCUGUUGAGAAUAAUGUCAUGGGCAUUCAUCUGAGAAGCAGCAAAUCAGUGUCUAAUGAAGACAUGGGAGAGAAUACACGCUUUGAUGUUCAAUUGGAUUUCAGUGAAAUUCAUCUUCUUAGAGAAGGUGGUACUUCUGUCCUGGAGAUACUGAAAGUUGCUCUUGUUUCUUCUGUUUACAUUCCAACUCAGAUGACAUCAGCCGUUAGAGCUGAAAUUGAUAUCAAACUCGGUGGUACGCAAUGUCAUGCCAUUAUGAGCAGAUUAAAGCCAUGGAUCCGCCUUCACUUGUCAAAAAAGAAAAAAAUGGUACUUCGUGAUGAAGCCUCUCACGUGGAACGGUUAGAGACAACUGAAAUGAAAGCCAUCAUGUGGACAUGUACUGUUUCAGCCCCGGAGAUGACUAUUGUGCUUUAUAGUGUUACUGGUUCACCAUUAUACCAUGGUUGCUCACAAUCUUCGCAUUUGUUCGCAAACAACAUUGCAAGUACAGGAAUUGCAGUACAUACAGAACUUGGUGAACUGCAUCUUCAAAUGGCAGAUGAAUAUCAAGAAUGCUUAAAAGAAAGCCUAUUUGGUGUGGAAAGAAAUUCGGGAUCCUUAGUGCAUGUUGCGAAGGUGAGCAUUGAUUGGGGAAAGAAGGACAUCGAAUCUGUUGAUGAACAAGGUCCCAGCAAAUGCAAGUUGGUUCUCUCUGUUGAUGUGACUGGUAUGGGUGUAUACUUUAGCUUCCGGCGCAUCGAAUCCCUUAUAUCAACAGCCAUGUCCUUUCAAGCACUCUUUAAAAGUUUUUCUUCUGGAAAAAGAGCAACGAAUAACAGGGUUGGCCGUUCGGCCAAACCUUCAGGGAAAGGGACCCAACUUUUAAAGCUAAAUCUUGAACGAUGUUGUGUUGAAUUCUGUGGUGAUGUGGGUGUGGAAAACACAAUUGUUGCUGACCACAAGCGUGUGAAUUAUGGAUCACAGGGUGGCCGAGUGGUAAUUAGUAUCUCUGCUGAUGGUACACCUCGCAGAGCAAACAUAUUCUCCACAACUUCUGAUGAAUGCCAAUACCUGAAAUAUUCGUUGUCUCUUGACAUUGUCCAUUUUUCCGUCUGUGUGAACAAGGAGAAGCACACUACACAGGUGGAACUUGAAAGAGCCAGAUCUAUUUAUCAGGAAUAUAUGGAGGAACAUAGGCCUGUUUCCAAAGUGACUUUGUUUGACAUGCAGAAUGCAAAAUUUGUUCGCCGUUCAGGUGGGCUUAGUGAGAUUGCUGUCUGCUCCCUUUUCAGUGCAACUGAUAUUUCAGUGAGGUGGGAGCCUGACGUACAUAUAUCACUAUUUGAGCUUAUGCUGCGGUUGAAGCUACUAUUGCACAAUCAGAAGCUUCAGGGAAUUAAUAAUGAAAUAAAGGAAGAAACUAAUAUUAGAAAAGAAGUGAAACUAGAAAUACAAGCUACUGCAGAUUCAGGACAAUUCGAUAGAGACCCUAUAAAAAGAGAAUCUGUUUUCGCGAUCGAUGUGGAAAUGCUGAGUAUAUCUGCUGAGGUUGGAGAUGGAGUUGAUGCAAUGGUUCAGGUGCAAUCAAUUUUUUCUGAAAAUGCAAGGAUAGGAGUGCUACUUGAGGGGCUUAUGCUUAGCUUUAAUGAAGCCAGAGUAUUCAGAAGUAGUCGAAUGCAGAUUUCUCGUAUCCCUAGCGCCUCUGAUUGUUCAUCUGAUGGAAAGUUACCGGCAGUUACCACUUGGGAUUGGGUUAUUCAAGGCCUGGAUGUUCAUAUUUGCAUGCCGUAUAGAUUGCAGUUGCGUGCUAUUGAAGAUGCAGUUGAGGAGAUGAUGCGAGGUUUAAAGCUUAUCACCAAUGCUAAAACUAAUCUUAUAUAUCCCAUUAAGAAAGAGAGCUCAAAGCCAAAAAAGUCUUCAUUAAAACUGGGACGUGUCAAGUUCUGUAUACGUAAGCUUAAGGCUGAUAUUGAGGAAGAGCCUAUGCAAGGUUGGCUUGAUGAACAUUAUCAGCUGAUGAGGACUGAGGCCUGUGAAUUAGCUGUGAAAAUGAAGUUUCUUGAUGACCUUGUCUCUGAAGGCAUUCACUGUUCUGGAAGUACUGAUCAAAAUGAAUCUUGUCCUGAAAAGGUCUACCAUAAUGGAGUUGAAAUUAAUGUGCAGGACUCUUCAGGUAUCCAGAAAUUGCGAGAUGAAAUUCAUAAGCAGGCAUUCCAAUCUUACUACCAGGCAUGUCAGAAGCUGGUGCCUUCAGAAGGAUCAGGUGCCUGUAAUAGAGGAUUCCAAUCUGGUUUUAAGCCUAGUACAUCCAGAACUUCUCUUCUAUCUGUUUCUGCUACAGAGUUGGAUGUAACGUUGACAAAAAUUGAUGGUGGUGAUACUGGGAUGAUAGAGAUCGUAAAGAAGCUUGAUCCUGUAGCUCUGGAAAAUGACAUACCUUUUUCCCGGCUUCUUGGGAGAAACAUUGUUUUGCAUACUGGCUCUCUUGUCGUCCAGUUGAGAAAUUACACUUUCCCACUUCUUUCUGCAACUUCUGGUAAAUGUGAAGGUUGUGUUAUUCUGGCACAACAGGCAACAUGUUUCCAACCACAAAUUCAACAGGAUGUCUUUAUUGGGAGAUGGAGGAAGGUGCGCAUGCUGCGAUCAGCUAGUGGUACAACCCCUCCUCUGAAGACAUACUCAGAUUUACCUCUAUAUUUUCAGAAGGGGGAAGUUUCCUUUGGGGUGGGAUUCGAACCAUCUUUUGCUGAUAUAAGCUACGCUUUCACAGUGGCUCUGCGCAGAGCUAAUCUGAGCAUUCGGAGUGUUGAUCCCAAUGGUAAGAUUCCGAAUGCUUCAGAUAUUUCUCACAAUACUAACAUCAACCUAUCAGAUCCUCAGCCACCUAGAAGGGAGCGCAGCUUACCAUGGUGGGAUGAAGUAAGAAACUACAUUCAUGGGAAAAAUAGCUUAUGUUUUUCCGAGACCAGAUGGAAUAUUCUUGCAACAACUGACCCUUAUGAGAAGCUUGACAAACUGCAGCUUGUUUCCAGUUACAUGGAAAUCCAGCAGUCAGAUGGUUGUGUUUUUGUUUCGGCUAGAGAUCUUAAGAUUUUUCUGAGCAGUUUGGAGAGUUUAGAUAACAACUACAGUUUAAAAUUUCCUAACCAUGCUGUGUCUGGUGCUUUCCUUGAAGCGCCUUCCUUCAAUCUUGAAGUCACUAUGGACUGGGAAUGUGAAUCUGGAAAUCCCCUUAAUCAUUAUUUAUAUGCACUACCUAGUGAAGGGGAACCGCGUAAGAAAGUUUAUGAUCCAUUCAGGUCAACUUCUCUCUCCCUCCGCUGGGACUUUUCUCUUAGACCUUACCUUCCUACAUGUGAUGAACAACUGGCAUCCUCUGCCAGAGAAGAUGGAGGACUCCUGGAUGGAUCUGUUUAUAGUCCUCUGUACAAAUCGGAGCAAGCCUCAAUUGAUGCGCCAACUCUAAAUGUUGGUCCUCAUGAUUUAGCCUGGCUCUUCAGAUUCUGGAACUUGAAUUAUCUUCCUCCCCAUAAGUUGCGGUCCUUUUCUCGAUGGCCACGUUUUGGGGUGCCAAGGGUUGCCAGGUCAGGAAACUUGUCUCUCGACAAGGUGAUGACAGAAUUUAUGCUUCGCCUGGAUUCAACUCCAACUAGUUUCAAGCAUGUGGCUUUGGAGGAUGAAGAUCCUGCUACUGGACUGACUUUUAGCAUGACAAAGCUAAAAUAUGAGCUCUGCUUUAGUCGUGGUCGGCAAAAAUAUACUUUUGAUUGCAAGCGUGAUCCUCUUGAUCUUGUCUACCAAGGUAUUGACCUUCACAUGCCCAAGGCAUAUUUGAAUAAAGGAGGUUGCACAUGCGUUGCAAAUGAAUCUAAAAUAACAAGGAGAAAUUCAAAAUCUGCAUCAACAGAUAGAACUAGCCAUGAAAAGUGCAACAAUAUGGGUGGCUGCACAGAGAAGCAUCGUGAUGAUGGAUUUUUGUUGUCUUCUGAAUAUUUUACAAUCAGAAAGCAAGCUCCAAAAGCCGACCCAGCAAGACUGUUAGCAUGGCAAGAAGCAGGUAGAAGAAACCUUGAGAUGACAUAUGUCAGGUCAGAAUUUGAAAAUGGGAGUGAGAGUGAUGAUCAUGCACGAUCUGACCCUAGUGAUGAUGAUGGAUUUAAUGUGGUCAUUGCUGACAAUUGUCAGCGUGUGUUUGUUUAUGGCCUCAAGCUUUUGUGGACCAUUGACAAUAGAAAUGCUGUUUGGUCCUGGGUUGGUGGGAUAUCCAAAGCAUUUGAGCCUCCUAAACCUUCUCCAUCACGGCAGUAUGCUCAGAGGAAAAUGCUGGAGGAGAACCAGGUACAUCAUGAAAGUGAAACACUUCAAGGUGAUAUCUCUAAGCCUUCGCCUUCUACCUUCCAGUGUGCAACUUCCCCUAAUCCACACGUGGUUGAGAGUUCAGGAUCAGUUCCAUCUCCUUCACAUUCAGUUAAAAUGGAAAGCUCAUCCGCCGCAAAGAAUGGAAACAUUGAGGACUCAGAAGAGGAGGGAACACGGCAUUUCAUGGUGAAUGUUAUUCAGCCUCAAUUCAAUCUUCAUUCGGAAGAAGCUAAUGGAAGGUUUUUGCUUGCUGCAGCUAGUGGCCGUGUAUUAGCACGUUCAUUUCAUUCGGUUCUCCAUGUUGGGUAUGAGAUGAUUGAACAGGCACUUGGUACUGGAAGUGUACAGAUUCCCGACUCUGAGCCUGAAAUGACAUGGAAACGGAUGGAGUUAUCUGUGAUGCUGGAGCAUGUACAAGCUCAUGUUGCUCCAACUGAUGUUGAUCCAGGGGCUGGAUUACAGUGGCUACCAAAAAUCCUUAGGAGCUCUCCGAAAGUCAAGCGCACUGGUGCCCUACUGGAAAGAGUGUUUAUGCCUUGUACUAUGUAUUUCCGGUACACAAGACACAAAGGUGGAACUGCAGAUUUGAAGGUCAAGCCAUUAAAAGAACUCGCUUUCAAUUCGCCUAAUAUAACUGCGACGAUGACAUCUCGCCAGUUUCAGGUUAUGCUGGAUGUAUUGAGCAAUCUUCUCUUUGCAAGGCUUCCCAAGCCCCGGAAAAAUAGUCUCUCAUAUGCUGCUGAAGAUGAUGAAGAUAUUGAAGAAGAGGCAGAUGAGGUGGUUCCUGAUGGUGUUGAAGAGGUAGAACUGGCAAGAAUCAACCUUGAACAGACGGAACGAGAACGGAAGUUGCUCCUUGAUGACAUUAGAAGACUAUCUGUUUGUAGUGAUACUUCUGGAGACCCAUGUGCCUCUGCAGAAAAGGAUGGGAACUUGUGGAUGUUAAUCGGUGGAAGAACCAUGCUGGUGCAAAGGCUAAAGAAAGAGUUGGGGAACACACAAAAAUCUCGUAAGGAAGCAUCUGCUUCGUUAAGGAUGGCUCUGCAGAAGGCUGCCCAAAUGCGGUUGAUGGAGAAGGAAAAGAACAAAAGCCCUUCUUGUGCUAUGCGUAUUUCUUUGAAAAUCAACAAAGUGGUGUGGAGCAUGCUUCUAGAUGGUAAAUCGUUUGCUGAAGCUGAAAUAAAUAACAUGAGUUAUGAUUUUGAUCGAGAUUACAAAGAUGUUGGUAUUGCUAAGUUUACAACCAAGUCAUUUGUCGUGAGGAACUGCCUGCCUAAUGCGAAAUCUGACAUGCUAUUAUCAGCUUGGAAUCCACCUCCUGAAUGGGGAAAAAAUGUAAUGCUUCGUGUAGAUUCAAAGCAAGGAGCUCCGAAGGAUGGGAACUCUUCUCUUGAACUUUUCCAGGUAGAGAUCUACCCGCUGAAGAUACAUCUAACUGAAACAAUGUACAGAAUGAUGUGGGAGUAUCUUUUCCCAGAAGAAGAACAAGACUCACAGCGGCGGCAGGAAGUUUGGAAGGUUUCAACCACUGCUGGCUCAAAACGUGUAAGAAAAGGGGCAUCUUCCAAUGAAUCAUCUAUGUCAAGCAGCCAUUUGACAAGAGAACCUGAUGCUCCCUCCAAAUUGAGUGCCCCUGCUGCUUCUGUAAUUACUUCUGGUGCUAGUCAGUCUUCUGGGUCUAUUGAUUCUUUCCAAGUGUCAAAGUUGCAAAAUUUAAAAGGAAAUAUUGCAAGCGGUUCAACCCCAGAGCUCAGGCGCACAUCAUCAUUUGACAAGACAUGGGAAGAGAACGUAGCAGAGUCUGUGGCUAAUGAGCUUGUAUUACAUGUUCACUCUUCAAGCAUCUCUUCAAGAAGUGAUCCACUUUCCUCAGCACUAGAGCACCCAGAGGAAUCAAGAAACAAACCAAAAGACUCCAAGCAAAUCAAAUCGGGGCGCCCAUCUCAUGAAGAGAAAAAGGUCACAAAGUCGAAUGAUGAGAAAAGAGCUCGACCCCGGAAGAUGAUGGAGUUUAACAACAUCAAGAUUAGUCAGGUUGAAUUACUGGUUACUUAUGAGGGAUCGAGAUUUGCUGUGAGUGAUCUGAGAUUGCUGAUGGAUACUUUUCACCGUGUUGACUUCACUGGCACAUGGAGAAGGUUGUUUUCACGUGUUAAGAAGCAUAUCAUCUGGGGGGUCCUAAAAUCUGUAACAGGAAUGCAGGGGAAGAAGUUCAAGGAUAAAGCCAAUAGCCAAAGGGAGCCCAGUGGACCCGGUGUUCCUGAUGGAGAUCUUAAUUUCAGUGACAGUGAUGGAGGUCUGGCUGAUAAAUCUGAUCAGUACCCAAUAUCUUGGCUCAAAAGACCCAGUGAUGGAGCUGGUGAUGGAUUUGUCACAUCAAUAAGGGGUUUAUUCAAUUCUCAGCGCCGCAAGGCUAAAGCAUUUGUCCUGCGAACAAUGAGGGGUGAAGCAGAUAAUGAAUUCCCUGGAGAGUGGAGUGAAAGCGAUGUCGAGUUCUCUCCCUUUGCUAGGCAACUGACCAUAACAAAAGCUAAGAGGCUCAUUAGGCGGCACACAAAGAAGUUCAGAGCACGAGGGCAAAAAGGUUCAUCUUCUCAGCAGAGAGACUCACUUCCAUCAUCUCCAAGGGAGACCACACCAUUUGAAAGUGAUUCCUCAAGCGGGUCUCCCUAUGAGGACUUCCAUGAGUAGAGUAACUCCGGUGCAUCAAGCUUCAUUCAGAUGCUACAUGUGGGCAUUCCGCAAGGGGCCUGUUUGUCUCCUCCGAUCUACUAACUGCAAGCAGUAUAGAAUUGUAAUUGUAUUAAUUUAUUUAACUCGGUGCAGAACUUGGAUGAUGAUUUGAGAUUCAAGCUGUUGGCCGAGUUUUCUCCGAUAAAGGGCAGACCAAGAAGUCUGCAUGCAGGGGAAAUUGUAAGCUGUGCUCCCUCUGUGAUUUGAGGGAAAGCAUUAAAGAUGACCUUAGUUGUACAAGUGUGUAGCUCUGCUUUCCGUCUGUAAGUGUAUUUUUAGCUACUCAUUAGGAGUUCCUGGGAUGCAAGAGUUCCAAAGUUUUUGUGUCUUAUCUAUUCGGGGAUGAAAUAAAGGUCAAAUAUAUGGAGGAAACGGGUUAUAGCUCUGUAACUUGUAACUUUGUGAAAUAUACGUUUUUGCUCUCUC